AUGUGCCGAGAUUGGUCUGAUUACAGUGAGAGCCUGCAGGACUGCGCCGCGCCCAUGAUGCACGCCUCUGCCAACUCGAUGAGGCUGGGCCAAAGUCAAUGCCCGGGAACGACGGCUAGAGCCUGCUGGUCAACGGGAUUUGCUCACCUGGGUGAGAAAUACUACGAAGCACCGAUGAGGGUGCCAACACAUCGGAACAGAACAACAGCGCAAAGGACAUUAGGCACCAGCAAAAAGGACUGGGCGCUAAAGUGGCUUUCCCGACAUGCUAGAAUCCCGCGAUGGACCACGCCACUUGUUGAGGCUCUUGAUCACUCCCAUGAGUUUUCCGACGUCGAGGGGCAUGGCUCUCGCAUUGUGAUCAGAAGCUGA